UGUAUCUGUGUAUGUGUGCAUUUUCGUAUGUAUUUUUGAACGUUUGUGUAUACCUGUGUAUGCGCAAAAGGUGGUGUGUUUAGCUCCUUCAGAACAUCUGCCGGCUUGUGAAAUGAUCUUUCCCCUGAAGCGUGUGCAUAAGCGUAGUAUUGAAGCCAAAUUAAAACGGAAAAGGCGUGCAACAGAACAGAACAAAAGGCGCGUAGUUUUUAAGUGUCGAUGAUUUAAAAAUAAUACGAUUCAAAUAAAAAAUUAAAUUAAACAAACAAAGAAAAGUUCCAAAUGUUGCUGCAACUAUUCACAAAACUGUAUAUUAUUGGCGUUUAUGUAUGGCAAAAUGUUAACUGCGCGCAUCAUAGCGAUGCACUUACACACAAAUCAUUGCGGCAUCAGAACUGGCAAAGGCUAGAAAUGAUGGACAAUAAUGGAUUAUAUUGGCUCGAGUGGCAAGUGAAGGAAAAGGAUAUUCACUUUAAAGUCACGGUUAAUACUCGUGGCUUCGUUGGCCUGGGAUUCUCGAAGAGAGACGCUCGCAUGUCCACGGCAGAUAUGGUCUUGUUAUGGGUGGACGAUCAAACAGGAAAAGCAAAUGCAUUGGAUUGUCACGGAUCCAUUGAAUAUCCGCACGGAGCACCUAUACAAGAUGAUACGCAGAACUAUCAUGUUAUCGACGGCAAUCAAAAUGAAACGCAUACGUUUAUUGAGUUCAAGCGCUUACUUGAAACCUGUGAUCCCUACGAUAUGCCAUUAACCCACGACACGAUUAAGGUUUUGUGGUCUUUUGGCAAUGAGGAUCCCAUACAUGGAAAUCUGGCUGGACAUGGUCAGAAUCGUGGUUCAAAGUCCAUGCAUUUACUGAAUCCCAUCUUCAGAAAACAAAGUAUGACAGCCAAGCAGGUGACACACCAAUGGGACAUUGUUGUAAAUAAUGUUACACUCGAACCAACGAUGGACACUCUCUAUUGGUGCAAAAUUGUCAGCGCCCCAAUGCUGAAACAUAAACAUCAUAUUAUCGGCUAUGAGCCGUUACUAACUCAUGUUUCAAAAACAGAUGAAACCAUUGUCCAUCACAUGACUCUAUUUGAAUGUUCCACGAAGUCCUAUCCUGGUUCAGAUUCCGGCUCCUGGGACGUUUGGGUCAGAAGCACGGGAACUGUGUGCAACAGCAACUCUUUGACGCCACGGGAUUGGGACUCCUGUUCCACACCAGUUGCUGUUUGGUCCAUUGGAUCGUCAGGUCAAUUUUUACCAGAACAUGUUGGUAUACCCAUUGGUGGCUCAGCGGGCGUCAAGUAUUAUAUGCUCGAAAUACAUUAUGAUAAUCAGAAAGCUUUACGUGCCAUUGAUCAUUCGGGAUUUCGUAUUCAUUAUACGCCCGAGAUACGCACUAACGACGGAGGUAUCAUAAUAAGUGGAGUUUCUAUUUCCGACACCCAAAUCAUUCCUCCUGGUCAAAAGUUGUACCGUAAUGUUGGCAUAUGUGGACCUUCGUGUUCAAAUGUUUUGUUUCCCGAAGAUGGCAUUAACAUCAUAUCUGGCACUCUACACACGCACCGCGCUGGUCGCAAAAUGAGCCUGCGGCAUAUUAGAGGGGGCAAAGAAUUGCCACGCAUCAUUGAGGAUGAAAACUAUGAUUAUAAAUAUCAGCAAUUUCAUCAGUUGGCCAACGAGACGAUCGUUUUGCCCGGCGAUUACAUUAUUACAGACUGUGCCUAUGAGACAAUGCAUCGCAAACGAACCACAUUCGGUGGUUAUUCAACGAAACAGGAAAUGUGUUUAUCUUUCAUCACGUACUACCCGAAAAUUGAGCUAGCCGGCUGCUACAGCAUGACCCCGGUGCGUGAAUUCUUUGAGAUGUUUGGAGUCAAUCAAUUCUACUCAUUGAAUAUGACAGAUGUCGAAAACUUAUUUCUGUACAAUGGAAAUUUAUUGGAUUACAUGCCCAAUACGGUAUACAGCAAAUCGAAGACAAAUCACACAGAUAUGACCGCUGAAGACAUAGUCGUGGAAGGAUCUCUAUUAAAUAAACUGAUUAUUUCGGAUCCUGUGGAGUUUCAUGAUCGCACUUUCCUUUCACAUUUGAAUCAGCUUCCUUGGUCGGAACCGUUGUUUACCAAGCGUGUGGAAUAUGCCAUGAUUACCGGCAAACAUAUGACUUUUUGCCGUGUCUCUAACGAGUCAAUGUCCAUUCCCUCCGAGAUAAUACGCUACCCUAACUUUACCACGUUUGUAAAGCCACCCAGUAGCUGCACCUACAACUUGUUCAUUGAUAGCAUUCAAAUUAAAUCAAGCGGUUCGAGAUCUAUUGCACAUUUCUCAUUGAGCUUGCUGCUCGUCCUCAUUUGUCUAAGGAAGCAAUACCAAAUGCCCUUUAGAUCAGGGAUCCGGGGAUGAAAUAUUAUAAGUCAUCAUUAAUUUUAGUUUUAAAC